CCUGUUAAUGGUGACUCUAGGGAUGUUCAUCAUCGACCGCCUCGUCUUCGAAGACGGCGCCAUCCUCGACGACGUAACCGGCGGUGCCGGUACAUGGGCUCUCCUCGGCGCCAGGGUUCACCUCCAACCACCGGAGUCAAAAGGCGUGGCUAUGAUUGUCGACGCGGGCUCUGACUUUCCGGAUUCUGUCAGAGAGGACAUUGACUCCUGGCAAACUGAAACACUGGUCCGUUCAACACCCGAGAGAUUGACGACGAGGGGGCUUAACACAUACGGACCGGGGGAUUACCGCGGUUUUUCAUACAUGGCCCCAAAACUCCGCAUCGAAGUCGACGACUUAGAAGGACCACUUCUAAACUCCCGGGCGUACCACCUCAUCUGUACCCCCCAGCGUGCGGAAUCAUCCGCCAAACGCACCCUGGAACGCCGUGCCGAGCAUGGUCUCCCCACAGAGCCAGCCCCACACUUUAUCUGGGAACCUGUCCCCGACGAGUGUAAACCCGAAAACUGGAAAGCGUGUCUAUCCGCAUUGAAACACAUUAGUGUCAUCACCCCAAACCACGGCGAAUCCGCCGCAUUCCUUGGACGCCCCGAACCUACAGCCCUCCCCGAAAUCGCCGCAAUUUCCCGCCUCUACGUCGACGCCGGUAUCGGCCCCGCGGGAGACGGUUGUAUUGUCAUCCGCUCCGGCGCUCUCGGCUGCGUAAUCGCAUCCCGCGACAACGGCUGGCUUCACCUACCCGCCUACCACACCGACUCCUCAAAGGUCAAAGAUCCCACGGGUGCAGGGAACGCGUUUUGCGGUGGACUGGCGUUGGGGUAUCCAAAUGUUGAUUUGGUCGAGGCUGCGAGGAUGGGGAUCGUGAGUGCUAGUUUUGCAAUCGAGCAGGUUGGGGUACCGGUGUUGGGGUAUGCGGGGACGGAAGAGGUGUGGAAUGGGGUGAAUGUGCAAGAGAGGAUGGAGGAGUAUAGGGGGAGGACGAAGGAUGCCCGGUGGGUGGCAUGGGAUCGAAGCCAGCCGUCACAAGGACUGGCGAAUUGAACGAAGGGUUGGUUUUGGGACGCGCGCGGAAGGAUGUGAGUUCAUGAACGGUGCCGCAGGGUUCAUCGAACUCCGGGCAUUCGCCGUGCUACAGCCGCGCUACUGUGUGAUUGGUUCGCAACAUAAGCCCUGCUGGCCUUCGGCUACAGCGGCAUAGCUAGCAUCGAUGAUGAUGGGAGUGAUGCUCGACGGGUGCUAAUAUGUGGGGUGGUGAAGGGUGGUGAAGGGUGGUGAAGGGUGGUGAAGGUGGUGGUCACGCGCUGGAGAACGUUCCGGCUCGG